UGUUUGAGUUCUGUUCACCAAGAAAGAUGGUGGGGGCCUUAUCUGUGGUGGGUUCAUCAGUUAUGGACUGUCAUACUAGUCCAUGUUUGUGCUUGGAUGCAUUGCCAUCGACCAACAUGAACCUCAAAAGUGGUGGGGAAUUGGUUUUGCGAAGGAAUUCAAUGAAAAGAAAGCAUGUGGCUGCAAGACCAGGGUCGUUGGAAUUAGGCAGUUCUUUUGUAGAUUCAUGGCAGAAUUGGAGGUUGUCUUCGAAGAUGAUUCCGGGUAUUGUGAAUAGGAGUACUUCAAGGAAGCAGCGUAAAGGCCGGAGACUUUCGGUCGUUAACGAGUUAGCCGGACAGUAUGAAGACAGUUUUGAGGAUGUUAGAACGCAAUUACUCAACUAUUUCACAUACAAAGCAGUGAGGACCGUUCUUAAUCAGCUCUAUGAAAUGAAUCCACCACAAUAUACAUGGUUCUAUCAGUUUGUUGCUACAAAUAAGCCCAAUGAUGGCAAGCGUUUCUUACGCCUACUCGGGAAGGAGAAGCAAGAGCUUGCUGAAAGAGUGAUGAUAACACGACUUCAUUUGUAUGGAAAAUGGGUUAAGAAAUGCGACCAUGCUCAAAUAUACAAAGAGAUUUCGGAUGAGAACUUGGGGUUGAUGCGCGAACGGCUGAUGGACACAGUGGUUUGGCCCUCAGAUGAUACAAACACAGAGAAGAUUGACUGAGGGGGCUUAGGUAUCCUUUCUGUGCAAAAUCAACAAGGUUUGGUCCCAAAGAAUGUUGUUACAUUAAUAUAUUUUCACCCAGCUAACAAGCAUUGUUAUAUGCUGUAUAUUAUAAAUUUAGUUUAGAUCCCUCUCUCUUGCCAUUUGAACUCAUUCUUUGUCUCCUUCUGUGAAAAACUCACUGCUUGCUUAAGAAUACCAAUG